AUCUGCUGUUAUUUUGAGAAAUGGAGUUGCUCCCAGCUGAAAUUGUGAUGGAAAUCUUUGAGCGGCUUCCGUUCCGAGACGUGCUGUCUGCGAGCCGUGUGUGUCGCUUUUGGUUUGAGGUCGCUAUCGAUUAUCUGUCGGCCAGCAUCGAUCUCACCCAUGAGCACCGUGGCAUCGAUGACAAGACGCUGCGCUUCAUCCUGACGCGGCUGCAGCCCAGGCAGCUGAACUUGACCAAUUGCGAUGAAAUCACACAGACGGGUCGAGGCUAUCUGAUGGACCAUGGACAGUCAUUGGAAACGCUGACUGCGCCAAGUUUGCUCGUGUCAGCGCACAACAUGAUGACUCGGAUGGACAACCUCACCAAUCUGGAGGAAUUGGUGAUCAAGGCCAUUCAUCUCACGCCAGAGUUCAGGCUGCCUCCAAACCUCAAGAAGCUCUGGGUGGAAUCCCAGUUUGUCGUCUCCAACGAUUGGUCUUGGGAAGACACGCCGUACCUCACGGAUGUCCGUGUGGCGAGCAUGCAACUCGACGAGAGACCGGAGCAGCUCAACCGUCUCAUCUCGAGCGUGCGACUCUCCGCUCUCCGCAUGCACCACUGCAGUGUGUAUGUCACUCAGCCACUCGCAGGUCUCGAAAACCUGCACACUCUCGAGCUCCACAACCCGGUUCGAUACAACUUCACCCAAAAGUACACUUACAUCCCUCUUUUCGCAAGCUGCCCCAACCUCGUCAACCUUGUGAUUCGAGAGGCUGACGGGUUGACCGAUAAAAUGGUGGACGACUGGCUUGCGCUGCUUCCGAAUCUGCAAUCCCUUUCGCUCAACCAAGGCCGCGCCUCCAGACUGAGUGAUGCGACUCUGACUGCCAUUGCGACACGCUGUCCGAAGCUGCGCGAACUCAAGCUCGAGAGCUUUUUGCAGAUGACAGAUGUGGGUCUGACCACUCUCGCCUCGAGUUGUCCGAAGCUGGAAACCGUGUGGAUUCCGUUUUGCCGCAACAUUGGCGAUGCUGGACUGCAAUCGCUCUUCACUUGGUGCAAGGAUCUUCGCGAUCUCGACAUUAGCGGCUGCACUCACGUCACAGAGGACAUGAUUGGCUCGAUGAUAAAGAAUGGCAUUUCGCUCGAUCGGCUCGCCAUGUAUGGCAUCCGAACUAUUACUGGAAACGACCAGGCAAUGACGCGCCUCUCGGACUUGGGCGUCAAGGUGCUCUACAGGCCGAGUCCUGCCCUUUUCGACCGCAAGCGUUUGGCCCGUCCUUUGCUGUCCUUCCCCUGCGACGAAGAGCGUCACAGCUGCAAUCGAAUUCGCUGUCCGCAUGGAUGCGACGAAAUCGUUCGCGAAUGCAUGGCGCAAGACCACGCCGAGGUUUGCCUCAAACACCGCACCUGUCCACGCCAACACUCUGGAUGUCGCUUCACCGGAACUCCCGAAGAAAUUGCAAUGCACAUGAGCGUGAAUCCCGGAACCUUCAAGGCAUUUGAGGCUGAGCGCAAAAAGGAAGCUCGCACAUUGUCCAAGGUUCCCGCAUGCAGGUAUGGCUUGACCAUAUGCCGGUUCUGCGACGAUGUUGUGUCGCUGCUCGAGCGUCGCCAGCACAUGGAUGAGCAUGACAAACAGUCAAGUGACAUUCCAGCUGCCAAGUGCCCGCUCGCCUACCUGGGUUGCACGUUUCACACUUCCAAGCGCAGUCCCGCAGUGUCUGCGCAUCUCCAGGAAUGUGAACACAAUGAGACGUUUUGCGGCUUCUGUGGCACGUCGGUGCACGUUUCUUCCUAUCACAAGCAUGUUCUGGCGUGUGUGGAUGCGCAAAACCGAGAGUACCGGUUGAUGCUGCCCGUCGACCAACUCAGCCUCGACGCCCGGUCGGAAAAACGGCCGAGCAAGCCGAGCUGGAUGGUUGAUCAGUCUUCUCACCCGCGCGACCCCCACCAUCCAGGGUAUUGGGAUCGCUGGUAGAUCCAACGCUGACUUGUCGAUCUCGUGGGGAGAUCCAAUAAGCUUUUGUUUUUGUUGUUUUGACGGUGUGGUUACUGUAGCUAUUCCAAAUACAUAUCGGUUUGAUGAAG